CCGAGGGCUGCUGCAGCCGGCGGCAUGACGAGCAUGGCCUCGGAGAUCAUCGCCUUUAUGGUCUCCGUCUCUGGCUGGGUGUUGGUGUCCUCCAUGCUGCCCACCGACUACUGGAAGGUUUCCACCAUCGACGGCACCGUCAUCACCACCGCCACCUAUUGGGCCAACCUGUGGAAGACUUGCGUUACCGACUCUACGGGGGUCUCCAAUUGCAAGGACUUCCCUUCCAUGCUGGCGCUGAACGGUUAUAUCCAGGCUUGUAGAGGACUUAUGAUCGCUGCUGUCAGGCUGGGCUUUUUUGGUUCCAUAUUUGCACUGUUUGGAAUGAAGUGUACCAAAGUUGGAGGCUCAGAUAAAGCCAAAGCUAAAAUUGCAUGCUUGGCUAGAAAUGUUUUCAUACUCUCAGGGCUGUGCUCAAUAACCGACUGUUCCCUGUAUGCAAACAAAAUCACAACGGAAUUCUUUGAUCCUCUGUAUGCUGAGCAAAAGCAGCGUCCCCUGUCGACCUGGUCUCCAGACACCUCUCACCCCGAUGCUUCCUGGUCUGGGUUUCAUUUAACACCUCCACCAGGUCUGAACAAUUCUUGCACAUUAGCGCGACCAUUGGAAGCGACAUCCGAGGACGGAAAUCCCACCUUUGAGCCGGACUUAAGGGCCAUAGCGUGGAGGAUUGUGGAAGUUUAA